AAAACAUAGAAGAAAAGCUCUCUAAAUGGAUUACCAUUCUUGGGCAGCUUUAUGACCAUUCAGGGUUUGGACCAGCCUUCAAUACAUUUAUUUACACCGAAGAUGACGCACUUCAAUCAGAUAUUUCCAUCGAUGUCCAAAACAAAGCUUUUAGAACUAAAUAGGAAAAGUACACAUUCCCCAUACGAGCUGUUGUUAGUGUCCAUUUACUAUAAGCCCAUCUAUGUAUAUAAGCAUAACGCAACAGUUAGCCGGUCCCGUCAGGAUGUUCGGGGCAAAGUGAUUAUCAUCUUGACUGUCAAUGAGACGUCCAAGGAGACGCAGAGCGCGAAUGAGAAUGAGCUCGAUUACACACCCAUCAACGAUAUUGCUGUUUUGACCACCAUCAAGAGGAUAUAGAGAUAGCCGGGGAGUCCUAGCAUUAUCCGUUUAACGUUAGGGGCUUCAGUUAUAGCCUUCGAGCAACAGUAUCGGUCCGACUGGCAGCAGAUCCAGAAGCAUCACGUGUAACGCGGGCUGCAGUCGUGUGUCCUCCGGGCUUGUUGGAAUCGCUCUUCCAAGUGACGCGCACCUGAUGAUAGUGCGAAUAAAUGGCAAAUCAGAUCAUUGCCGUUUAUGAAUAAAGUUUACGCCCUUCGUCUGUUUAUCAUUGAAAAUGUGGAUUCAUCAAGUGUCGUUCAGCUCAGCCUAUAUUUGCAUGCAAUAUUAGCAUCUGGAAUGACAGCCGUAAAGCUUUUAUUACUCUAGGAAUUAUCACCUUGUCGCAGGCUGAUAAUUUUAACUAAGCGUUAGGGCUGGUGCGAUUAUCGCGCGCCGGAUAUUAGUGAUAAUGUACAGCUCGCCGGAGAAGAAUCUGGUUUAGUGGCGUCUGGUUAGUGCGUGCUGCAAAGUGUGUUGUCGAAACCGUAGCUACUGCGAAAUGGCUGAAGUUCCAAGGAAUGAUUCGGUGAUAUUUAUGAAUCUGCAUCACCAUCACGGUGAAGAGCGAAACACCUGCAAGAAACGGAUACUGCACUUCUGUGAUACGAUGGUGUCGUUAUUUGUGAUAAGUCCUUUGGCGGUCACCCACUGGCGAGGAACCUGGGGCUACAUGGACCUGAAGCAGGACUACUUUCCACCGUGGCAUUGUUUUCUGCUCGGAUCGGUCCUGCAUACGAUGUUCGCCAUACUGCGGGAACCACUGCAGGCUGAGUUUUCCAAGCCCAGCAAUGGAGUGAAAAACCGAUGGAAAACCAUACGGCGCUUUGUUGUAUCCAAAGUGUACACCUACGUGUUUAGCAUAAGCUGUAUAAUGCAUUGGCGCGGAGGAUGGGAGGUUAUGAAAAUGUACUUAGACUACAACUUGUGGCCGGCCCUUGGAGUGUCCGCCAUUUGUUUCGUCCCGCUGGUGCUGAUGAAGUCGGUCCGCAAUCUGCUCGCCCCGCCGUUCGUCAUCCUCACCGAUCACAAGGAGUCCGUGUUCAGUUUUCCGACGCGGUUUCGUAUCGAGGUACGUAAAUAUUUGCAGGAAAUUGACUCUUGUCCGGAGCGAAGCCGUACAUUCGUCUCGCGUGCGGCUAGAUGCACAAAUAGUGGGGUGGUGUUUUUUGUUUUGUUUUUGAAGGUAGAUGUAAACUUUUAGUGGUAUAGAUUAUUACUACAAUGAAUAACCAACUUUUAAAGGAUCUAUAUCCAUAUAUAAAUGUUGAAGAAUAAGCUUCGAACAUAAAUUUCAGAGCCACCCUCAAAUCUACCACUUGUCUGCCGAUAAUUUGUCGCAGAGGCGAUGAUGACAAAAAUAACAAAUCCAUCCUCCAGUUAAUUACAAGUACGGGUUGUCAGUCGGUAGCGGCAAUGAUCCGCUCAUCGACUCUAUGUGCUAAUCGAACAAGCAGUAUAAAUCAUUUCAUAGUAAAAUUGAUAUUGACACCGACCGUGCAAUGAAAGUUGUUACAACACAACAUGCAAUGAAAUGAGGUUAAGUGCAUUGAUUGAUUUGUAAAUCCAGUUGGUUGAUGGUCAAACUGUCAAUGUUUUUUUUUAAUUUUAUUUGCUAUCAGGACAACACGGGAUGUUUCCAAUUAAAAAAGAAAAAUAAUGAGUAUAAAAGGACAAUGGAUCAUACCGAACACUAGCAUCUUUAAAGACACGCCUGUAUAAUACUGAGCGCGACAUAUUUAUAAAACAAGGAAAAUAUCGGACACUCAAAUAAGGAUGGUUAGAAAAUUUAAAUUCCUAGAAUUUAAAACCUUUCUGUCCAUGAGUAAUACAAAACCACAAAAGAACAAGUGUACAGAAUAACUUGAAACACAAGUAUUAAGUCAACGCACUUGAAAAAUAAGCUUCUAUCCAACAAACAGCGUCAAAUUCCGAUUCACGGGGAAACCACACAAGACAAUUCAUAAUUGGUUCAAAUCACAUCACCCACAUCAAAACAACUUGCCUUUCCUUUGAGCACAUAAUUCGUAGGGUCCUCUAACCCGUCGAUUAGUGGUGGCACUCGAAUGCGCGGAGUGAGUAUGGAAGACGUAUACCUAAUCAUCGUCACACCGUGGGUGCUACUGAUAACACCGUCUGUGGUCGUCCCUCAGCAGCCUCAGUGCAGUGCAGUGGGUGAUGGAACCAGUAGUCAAAGAACAAGCUCGAAACAAGUGACACUGACAUCUGGGUGAUGGAACUAAUACGUCGUCGUCGGUGUCGUAGUCGUCGGAACCGCCGCCCGCCGGGUGGUUGCUGAUGUUGUGGAUGCAUGUGGAAGGGUUUGUGCUAAAAAUGCAAUGCUUUCAAGAUUAGAUCGUACCACACAGUCGGAGUUUGCCGUAGUGUAGAUGAAUCUGAGACAAUGUAAAGCAGGCCGAACAGUGCAACUGGAAAAUAACCUACGGCAAGCGAAUGCGAGCUAUGCGUUGUUAUCAAUUUUGAGGGGGAAGGAGGCUGUAUGACAUCAGCGCCGGCUAAAAAGCUUACAAGAAA